CGCGGCACUUGUUUUACUAUUAGACACGAACACAAGAAGCGGGGAAAACAUGACGAAAACCGACAACGCCAUGAAAAUAAGAAGAGAGAGAAAGAAGCUACAGGGAAAGCAGUCCGUAGAGAGCAUAAUGAAGGGCAUGAACAUCAGUCGAGAAGUGAUCGCUCUGAGAGCAGAAGGAUGAGUAGAAGUAGCCGAAGUAGAUCGCCAGUGUCUGUCAGCCAAGCAACAAAGCACAUGCCAGGCAACAAGGGAACAGAACAAAAUUCGGCUAACAUACGGAGGGAAAGGUUUGAACUUGAACGGCCGAUCAAGCAGGAACCUGAUGACGAUGAACCCGGGCAGUCCAUAGAAGGUCGCACCAGUAAUGGUGUCCGCAGAUCGGAAAAAGGAACCAAACAGGCUAGCAGUGACCCGGAGGACAAAGCUAAACCUGACUUUGGUCUUAGUGGUAAGCUAGCAGAGGACACAAAUACAUUCCGAGGUGUUGUCAUUAAGUACAAUGAACCGCCAGAAGCAAGGAAGCCCAAGAUUCACUGGCGCCUGUAUCCAUUCAAAGGUGAGCAAGCUUUGCCUCUUCUCCACGUGCAUCGGCAGAGUGCAUACCUGCUGGGGAGGGACAGGCUCAUAGCAGAUAUCCCCAUCGAUCACCCCUCGUGCUCAAAGCAGCAUGCUGUUCUACAGUUCAGACUCGUUAGCUACCAGCGUGACGACAUGUCAACUGGCAGGCGGGUGCGGCCGUAUAUCAUUGACCUCGAGUCUGCCAACGGCACGUACAUCAACAACAAGCGCAUUGAGGCAAAGGUUUACGUCGAGUUGUUAGAGAAGGACAUGCUCAAGUUUGGAUACAGCUCGAGAGAGUAUAUUAUGCUUCAGGAGAACUCAAAGGACGAUCUCGUUGAGGAUGGUGGAGUAGACUAAACGUGGAAGCACUGCUAACUUCCAGCAUUGAUGUGUAAAAAUGUAACAUAUAUCUCGACAAAGUUAGCGGCCAAAAAACUAAUUGUGAAAUCUCUACUUUUGCCCUGCGGACUUGUGUGGCGUUUGCUGCUGCUUGCUUUUGUAACAAGAAAUUGGAGGCUAAAGUAGUUUGUAAGCACUGUGAGUUGCAUGCUCGUUCGUAUGAUCGUGCUUGUUUGCUUGAUUCCAAGAGAGAAAUGUUGUUUGUUUGGCAUUAGGAAUUACAUCCAUAGUCUUUGUGAAUGUAUAAUACCAUACAGGGAACAGGUACCCAUUUCAUUUGUACAAUCGCUAUAUGUUGUGUGUGUGCGCGGCUGUUGUGUCCUGGCGUCCGAUGUCCGUCCUGUACCUAGUACACAUCACCGCAUGUGAUGUGUGUGUUAGCCUGAAGGUAAAAAUAAUGUUUUUUAUUAUGACUGUUACAGAUGGCAUGGUUACUCAAACCUCUAGUUUGCUUGCUAGAUAUCAGCUUUUUAUACGGUUCUGUUUAGUCAGUUGGCCAGAAUAACACAUGGGGUUUCAACCGUUUGUGACGUCAGUUUAUACUGUGUAACCUUUUAAAAUAGCUUGGCUACGUGGUAACAAAAUGCAACAGAUUAGAAAAUUGAGACUUAUACUAGACUUUUUUAAUGGCAGUAAAAUAUGGGAGUUGACUUUUUGUUCUAGAUAAAUGUGCAUUUGGUGUGUACGCACAUGUCAUGUGUCAAGGGGAAAUACACGGGACUUAUUCGAUUAUAUCUUACUGGUUCACACUAACUGUUACCAAGACAUAUCUACUAGCAAUAAGUCAUUAAAGAUUCAGGGCACAUAUUUUAAAGUUUUAAUCUUUCAAGUGAAUUGUGGUCAAGUUAUGGCUAUGGUAUUUGUAUAGAUAAUUACAAUAGUGUCACUAUCCGAAGAAGAUUCGAUUCCACCAACUAACCUAAUGGCUCGAUCAUUCAAAUUAAGAGGCGUUUAUAUGGUUCUGGCCGAUACAAACCAACUAUCUUGGGCAUAAAAUGUGUAAUUGAUGCAUAAGUUCGUAUGUAUAGAGCUGAGAGUAUAAUGAUCUUUUGACCGUAACUAUGUUCGUUGAUACGAGAUGUGUAUAAUAAAUCAAUAGAACUGUUAUAAAAGUGAA